AUGCCUCGGCACAAAGACUCCAUCGCAAAUAGGGACUUGGCUAAACGCACCCACGUAGUCUCCGAUGCGCGCUGGUGGAAAGCGGCAGUGCGUGCGCGGCAGGAGGACGAAGAGGAGGCGGUAGAGGAGGCGGACACGGCGCUGUCCACGGGUUCUCACUGCGCAACGCCGCUGGAGACAGAAGAAGCAGCAGAAGCCGGGUCUCCAUAA